GCCGUGAUCGGUGACGUGUGACGUCAAUCAGACAGAUGUGCUGUGACUGCUGUGCAACAUAAGUUUUGGUUUUGGUGAAUGCUGCGAGCUCGUAGUUUUAACUUAAAGCGAAUAUCAAGUAAUGGUCGUCAUACUUAAACAAAAAAAUUAUUAAUUGCAGAAAAUGUCGUAUAAUACUCUGAAUACAGAAGAAAGGUAUGGUGAUUCCACGGUUGAACCAACAAAACACAAACAACAGAAUGAUCAUGAUGAUGACAGCAAUGAACCCCCUCGCAAAAAGCUCGAUACCGAAGAACAUAGCUCUGUAGUAGCUGCCCACUAUAAUCAUCUAGAAGAGAAAGGUUUAAAAGAACGAUUUAACUCGCCUAUUUAUUACCUCCGUAAUUUUAAUAAUUGGGUAAAAAGUGUGUUGAUUCAGGAGUACACGGACAAAAUUCGAGAGAAAGACUAUGGUAGAUCAUUGAGAGUUCUAGAUAUAUGCUGUGGAAAAGGUGGUGAUUUAAGUAAAUGGCAAAAAGCCAGAGUAGAACAUGUCGUGUUUGCUGAUAUAGCUGAGGUAUCAGUUCAACAAUGUCAAACUAGAUAUGAUGAGCUGCGUACACGGACAAGGGGUGGUCGACUAUACUCAGCUGAAUUCAUUGCAGCUGAUUGUUCAAAGGACAAAUUAAGAGACAAAUAUAGAGAUCCUUCUAUAAGUUUUGAUAUUGUGAGUUGCCAAUUUGGACUCCACUAUAGUUUUGAAAGCUUACCACAAGCAAGGAGAAUGCUCACUAACAUAUCAGAGUGUUUAAAACCAGGUGGUUACUUUUUUGGAACCAUUCCUGAUGCCUAUGAAAUUGUGUCCCGAGCGCAAAAAUCUAAUGGCUCAUUUGGCAAUAGGAUUUACAACAUUAAAUUGCUUUUUGAUAUUGAAAAGGGCUAUCCCCUCUUUGGUGGAAAGUAUGAUUUUCAUUUAGAGGGAGUUGUGGAUUGUCCAGAGUUUUUAGUGAAUUUCAAACUAUUUACUAAACUUGCUUCUGAGUAUGGCUUAGAACUAGUUUAUAAAGCAAGAUUUGCUGAUUUCUUUAAAGAUCAUUCUGAGAAGUACAGACAACUGUUACAAAAAAUUGUAUGCUUUGAAAGUUACCCACCACCUCCAGGAAAAGAAUUAAUUGCUGAUGAAAAAGAAUAUGAACAUGCUAAGCAGUAUUGGGAAAGCAAUGAAAACAAGACUGAACGAGACAGAAUUGGCACUAUGAGUUCAAGUGAAUGGGAAGUAGCCACAGUCUACAUGGCAUUUGCAUUCAGAAAACUGAAAAGUACUUGGGAUUCAAAUGGAAAACCUGUAUAUUCAAAGCCAAACAAUGAAUAAAAUUUAGUUUAAUAAGUUAGGUUACAAGAUUGAUGGUAUAAGUGAGUGGGUGCGCCUUGACAUUAUUGUGUUUAGUAAAUUCUAGGGGUAUAUGCUAAGUCCUGUCAUGUCUUGGUGUAAUUUCACUAUCUGAAUCCUCGAAUAUAGUAUCAUUAUACUGCUAUGGUAUUUUAAUAGCCUCUGUUAAUGAAUUCAUAAAUAAUGACUACCUUUAAGUAUAAUGAUGUACCUAACUUAAUAAAAGAUUGUUAAUAUCAAAUCCU